AUGUACGCUAUCCAACAAGAUUUAAAGAUACCUAAUGACAGUCCAUUUGCCUCUGUAAGCGCUUCAAUCACAAUUCAUAUUGUUCCCCUUUAUAGCUUGCAGGGACUACCAAAACUUGCUCUAUCAAAAGUUAAGAUCAUUGAAAUGAGACACCAAGAAUCAGCACAAGAACUCCCGCCACAUAUUCUCAUCUUCCCUUACCCCUUGCAGGGCCAUGUGAACUCUAUGCUCAAGCUUGCUGAGCUCCUCUGCCUCUACAACCUCCAUGUUACCAUGCUCCUCUCUGAUUUCACUCAUGGCCGCCUCCUCCUCCACGCCAACGCCCAGUCUCACUUCGCCCGCUACCCUGGCUUUCGCUUUGUAACCAUUCCUGAUGGCCUCCCGGAAGACCACCCCCGUGCUGGCGAUCGCAUCUUGGAGAUUCUGUUGAGUCUAAAAGAAACUGGGGGACCAGAGUUCCGUAGGCUGAUGGAGUCCACCGAUUGCCUGAGUGAUGCCGGUGCUCGAAGGCCGGUCACCUGUGUCAUCAUGGAUGGGGUCUUGAGUUUUGCUAUUCCUUUGCUUGAAGAAAAGGGAAUUCCGUACAUUUAUUUCAGGACUAUUUCAGCGUGCUCCUUCUGGGCAUAUUUUUGCAUUCAAGAAAUUAUUGAUGCAGGCGAGGUCCCUCUAAAAGGGAAGGAUGAAGAUAAAUUGACAUAUUGGAAAAAAGAAGAGAUGGAUUCAAUGGUAAAAAGUGUGCCGGGAAUGGAGGGGAUUCUCCGGCGCCGUGACCUUCCAGGGUUUUGCAGAGUGAACGAUGUUAAUGAUCCGGGCUUCCAGUCUAUCAAAAUAGAGACUAGAAAAAGCAUUAAAGCUAGAGCACUCAUACUUAACACAUUUGAAGAUUUGGAAGGACCAGUUCUUGAUCAAAUACGGAAACAUAUACCAAAUUUGUAUUCCAUCGGUCCACUCCAUGCUCAUUUGAAGGCCCGGUUCGCAGCUAAAACAAGCAAACCCUCGCGUGCUUCGGGCAGUUUCUGGGAGGAAGACCUCAGCUGUGUGACUUGGCUCGAUUCCCAGCCAACAAAAUCUGUAAUUUAUGUGAGUUUUGGAAGUGUUACCCUGUUAACUCAAAACGAACUAUUAGAGUUCUGGUACGGGCUAGUUAAUAGUGGCCAGAGGUUCUUGUGGGUAAUGAGGCCAGAUUCCAUUAUUGGAAACGAUGGGGAGAGGCAGAUUCCGGUGGAGCUAGAGGAAGGUACAAAGGCGAGAGGGUACCUGGUGGGAUGGGCACCUCAAGAGGAGGUCUUGACCCAUCCGGCGGUUUGUGCAUUUUUCACACAUAGUGGAUGGAAUUCGACUCUGGAGAGUAUAACGGUGAAAAUGCCUAUGAUUUGCUGGCCUUACUAUGCAGAUCAGGCGAUAAAUAGUAGGUUUGUUAGUGAGGUUUGGAAGCUUGGAUUAGAUAUGAAAGACACUUGUGAUCGAAUGAUAGUAGAGAAGAUGGUUAGGGAUAUAAUGGUGGUGAGAAGGGAGGAAUUCUUGCAGGCGACUGAUCACAUGGCUAAUUUGGCAAGAAAGGCUAUCAGUGAAGGUGGUUCAUCAUACAGUAAUUUGGACAGAUUGAUUGAGUUUUUAAGGGCCAUGAUAUUAUGA